CUAAACGCUAACUGUACUACUAGCCAAGAUCUAGCGAGGCGCCUGCAUUUACAGACUUUUGCCAUUUUAUCUUAUAUUAGUGUAAAUCGCUGUGUUCAGAAACAGAAACGCAACACCUACUCGAAAUCGAAGUGGUUGCCAGUGAGCCAGGAAAUGGCGCCGUGGAUGACAUGUUGGACGCAGAAAACAAACUUCUUGCGGACAACCUGGUCACCAAAGUCUCCAGACUGAAAUCGCUUGCCUACGACAUCGACAAAGAAGCAGAGGGACAAAACUCCUAUCUGGAUGGCAUGGACUCUGACUUUCAAAGCACCACUGGUCUGUUGACGGGGAGUGUGAAGAGGUUCUCCACCAUGGUGCUGUCUGGGAAAGACAACCGCAAGGUCCUCUGCUACGUGUCUGUGGGGCUGGUGCUCAUCUUCUUCCUGCUCUGCUACCUGGUCUCCAGGGCCCAGGCCUGAGGAGAGGAAACAAAUUAAAACUUUAUUCCUUCUUACAGGAGGAUGAUCGCUAACUCGCCUUCUCAGUUGUAUGGGAACUGGCCCUUUCCCAAAGGACUGCUGGUCCUUAUUAACAUUAAAUUGUGCAGAAAAUUCCCCGGUGGUCUUGAAAGUCGAACGGUCCUUGUUAUAAUAAUUCAUUUAAUAAUGAGCUGUGCCUGCAGCUACACUUGGAGAUGUGAGUGAAAGUGGAGUAUGAGGGCGUUUUGGGAUGUGUGUUACCUUUGUCACCUGUGCUGUCCUACUUUAUGAAUACUCCUGAUUUACCUUAAUGAAGUAUAGGAAUGGGGAUGGGAAUCAGCAGAUACUAAUGGGAUAUUUUAUUCGAGGUUCACCUUGCGUUAAAAAAUAAAUAGAUCAAAUGUCUUUGACCGUGAAGUUACUUUUUCUAAAUUUCAGGUGCAGGUAGAAAUGAAGGUUCACAAGUGACACAGAAAAGCUUUGAGAACCUGCCUUUCUUAAUUUUUUCUUCUCACUGGGUUCAGGCCUGGUUUUUGGUUUCCUCUGUUUGUGACAGCGUCUGUGAAUAAAAUUGUAUUGGAGUGAUAGUGGGAGUCAUGGAAACCAUCUGUUGGGCCGGAGGUCAGAGUCAUUUCUGGAAAAGGAGCUGACUCUGGAAUUUUGCGGUGGGGAAUCUACUAUUUAUUUGAAAUUAAAAUGCUUACUUUCUUUGGUGUACAUGUAACAACUUUACCAUUCUGCUUGCUGUAUAUGGUUCGGCAUGUUUAAUUGUGUGUUAUCAUUUGAUGCUUCAGGAACACUAGUAAUAUUCACAGUAAUAUUUUCAAUAAAAGAAUAAAAGAGGA